AUGCAACUCCCAGAAAUAAUCAAAUAUCCCGCGACUCAAUUGAUAGGAGAGAAAUGUUAUACUUCUUUAGUGGAAGAACUUAACGUCAGAGACAUCGAUUGUCUAAAACUUCUGAUAUCCAAAGGCCUCGGUGUCGGUAUUGUCUUGGGCGGAGCGCUUGUAAAGCUCCCGCAAAUCAUUAAAAUCGUUUCCGCGCGUUCUUCCCGUGGUCUAAGUUUUGAAGGCUUUGUUUUGGAAACCGUUUCUCUGGGGAUCUCAUUCGCUUACAACUUUCGUCAAGGCAACCCUUUCAGUACUUUCGGCGAAUCGGUGUUUUUAACCGUACAAAAUAUCAUAAUACUAUUGUUGAUCUUGAAUUACUCUAACCGCACCAAGGAUCUCAUCACCACCAUUUUGGCAGUAGUAACCUCAGCAUACGCGCUUACUCAAUCCUGGAUAAUCAGCGACCUGAACUUAACAUAUCUCCAAACGUUGACUAUCCCUAUUUCUUUGUUGUCAAAGAUUCCGCAAAUACUCACUAACUAUCGAAAUGGAAGCACCGGGCAAUUAUCGGCGCUUGCGGUGUUCGGAUUUGCUCUCGGAUCAUUAGCGAGAAUAUUUACCACUAUCACCGAAGUAGAUGAUUCAAUUAUUUUGUCAGGAUUUGUGCUUACUUCGACUCUUAAUUUGAUUCUAGCGGCGCAAAUAAUAAUGUACUGGAAUGCGGAUAAGAAGAUUGAUGAGAAGAAAGAUUAA